UGGUAUUUUUUUUUUGGUCCCUAUAUUUUUAAGACUUUGUCUAGUGUAAAUGCAGAAAAUGCACGGACUGGUCAUACCUGAUAAAUAAUGCUAAAAGCUUAGUAACAAUAUUGCUAUCUUAUUAUUUUCAGUUGAAAGAGCUUGGGUCUGGGCUAGCCAUUCUUUUCGUCUACUUGUCUUUUACUGGUAACAUUUCACCAUGUCAACCGACUUCACUAGGGAUGAGGACUUUAAGUACCUUGCUAUAGAUCGUAAAGCCCUGCUGAAGGAACAGCUGCCUUACGACGGCAAGAAAGCUUGCUGGGUCCCAGAUGAAAAGGAAGGCUUCGCUAGAGCAGAAAUUGUUUCCUCCAAGGGUGACGAAAUCACCGUGAAAAUCCUUAGCAGCAAUGAGAACAGGACUGUGAAGAAAGAUGACCUUCAGCAGGUCAACCCACCUAAGUUCGAGUGCUGCGAUGACAUGGCCAACAUGACCUACCUGAAUGAAGCCUCUGUAUUGAACAACUUGAGACAGAGAUACUUCCAUGGUUUCAUCUACACUUACUCUGGUCUCUUCUGCGUCGCCGUGAACCCCUACCGUCGUCUGCCAAUCUAUCUGGACUCCAUCAUCGGCAAAUACCGUGGCAAGAGGAAGAUGGAAAUGCCACCCCACUUGUUCGCCGUCGCCGAGUCGGCCUUCCAGAACAUGUUGCAAGAUCGUGAGAAUCAGUCUUGUUUAAUCACUGGUGAGUCUGGAGCCGGUAAGACUGAGAACACGAAGAAAGUAAUCAUGUACUUCGCCAAGGUUGCCGCUCAACUCCAGAAACAGACAGAGGAAGAGAAGGCAGCCGCCGCAGCCUCCAAGAAGGGUACCCUUGAGGACCAGAUUGUACAGGCUAACCCAGUACUUGAGGCUUACGGUAACGCCAAGACAACCCGUAACAACAACUCCUCCAGAUUCGGUAAAUUCAUCCGUAUCCACUUUGGUCCCACUGGAAAGAUCGCUGGAUGUGACAUUGAGACAUACCUGCUGGAAAAGUCUCGUGUAACAUACCAACAGUCUGCUGAGAGAAACUACCACAUCUUCUACCAGAUGCUAACACCUGUCUACCCCAAGUACCACGAGAUGUGUCUGAUGAGCCCUGACCCAGGUCUCUAUUCAUACAUCAACCAGGGUGUGCUCACCGUGGACGGUAUUGAUGACAACGUUGAAAUGAAAGCCACAGAUGAAGCUUACGAUGUUUUGGGCUUCACCACUGAUGAGAAGAACAGCUUGUUCAAGAUCACUGCCGCCAUCGUCCACUUUGGUGAGAUGAAAUUCAAACAAGCACCCAGAGAGGAACAGGCCGAGUGUGACGGCACAGCUGAGGCCGAGAAGGUUGCCUUACUUAUGGGUAUUAACUGCGGUGACUUCAUCAAGGGGUUGUUGAAACCAAAGAUCAAGGUCGGUACCGAGUUCGUCACCCAGGGACGUAACAAGGAGCAAGUUGUCAACUCAGUCGGUGCUAUCGCUAAGUCCACCUAUGCCCGUAUGUUCGACUGGCUCGUCAAAAGAGUUAACCAGACCCUUGAUACUAAGCAAAAGAGAAAUUACUACAUUGGUGUGUUGGACAUCGCCGGUUUCGAAAUUUUUGACUUCAACAGUUUUGAGCAAUUGUGUAUCAACUACACCAAUGAGAGACUCCAGCAGUUCUUCAACCACCACAUGUUCGUACUGGAACAGGAAGAAUACAAGAAGGAAGGUAUCCAGUGGGAGUUCAUCGACUUUGGUAUGGACUUGCAAGCCUGCAUUGAACUGAUCGAAAAGCCCAUGGGUAUCUUGUCCAUCCUGGAAGAAGAAUGCAUGUUCCCCAAGGCUUCAGAUAAGACAUUUGAAGACAAACUGAUGACUAACCAUCUUGGAAAGUCAAAGGCCUUCGGCAAAGUCGUCAAGAGCAGAAAGGGAGGUGGCAACGCUCACUUUGAAUUGCACCAUUACGCCGGAGCUGUGCCUUACAACAUUACAUCUUGGUUGGACAAAAAUAAGGAUCCCUUGAACGAGACUGUGGUCGGCAUCCUCUCGCAGUCAAAGGAGCCGCUCGUGGCUGAAUUCUUCAAACUACCACCAGCUCCAGAGGGUGGCGGCGGUGGCAAGAAGAAGGGAAAGUCUACUGCUUUCCAGACCAUUUCAUCUGUCCACAGGGAAUCCUUGAACAAGCUGAUGAAGAACUUGUACACCACCCAUCCUCACUUUGUACGUUGCAUCAUUCCCAACGAGUUGAAGACUCCAGGCAUGAUCGAUGCCAGCCUCGUCCUCAACCAGCUCCAAUGUAACGGUGUACUUGAAGGUAUUCGUAUCUGUAGAAAGGGCUUCCCCAGCAGAAUCAUCUACUCUGAAUUUAAACAAAGAUACUCCAUCCUGGCUGCGGAUGCUGUUCCGGCAGGUUUCCAUGAUGGCAAAGAGACAACAGCCAAAAUUCUCAGUGCUCUGCAGAUGGACCCUAAUGAAUACAAGAUCGGCAGCACUAAGGUCUUCUUCAAGGCAGGUGUAUUGGGUAAUCUUGAAGACAUGCGUGAUGAACGUCUCUCGAAGAUUGUUGCUCUCUUCCAGGCCCAUAUCAGAGGUUACAUCAUGCGCAAGCAGUACAAGAAACUUCAUGAUCAGAGAACUGCAUUGUCUAAAAUCCAGAACAACAUCAGGAAAUAUAUGGUUUUGAAAAACUGGCAGUGGUGGAAACUUUACACCAAAGUCAAGCCUCUGCUCACUGCCGCCGCUGCUGAAGAUGAGGUAAACCAGAUGAAAGAGGAAUUUGCUAAAACAAAGGAGGAGCUUGCCAAGGUUGAAAAGGUUAAGAAGGAGUUGGAAGAAAGAUGUGUUAUGCUUCAGAGAGAAAAGGAUGAUUUGAAACUGGAAUGCUCUGCAGAGCUUGAUACUCUUGCUGACAUGGAAGAAAAAGUCGAAAGCCUUAUACAGCAAAAGGCUGAGUACGAAAGUCAAAUUAAGGAGCUCGAGGAGAAAUGUUUAGAUGAGGAGGAGGCUGCUGCAGCUCUUGAAGCUGCUAAGGCCGAAUUAUCCGCACAGGCAGCUAAACUCAGAGAAAACAUCGAAGAGCUUGAGGGAUCUUUAAAGAAAGCUGAACAAGAGAAACAUCAGAAAGAUAACCAGAUCAGAACUCUCCAGGAUGAGAUGACUUCACAAGAUGAACAAAUUGGAAAACUGAACAAGGACAAGAAAAAUUUGGAAGAAACUGUUAAGAAAACACAGGCAUCACUUGCCGCUGAAGAAGACAAAGUCAAUCACUUAAACAAACUCAAGCAAAAGCUGGAAUCUACUCUUGAUGAGCUUGAAGAUAAUCUUGAGCGUGAGAAGAAGGUCCGCGGUGAUGUGGAGAAGGUCAAGAGAAAGGUUGAACAGGACCUUAAGGCCACCCAAGAAAUGGUCGAGGAACUUGAAGGCGUCAAAGCAGAUCUUGAAGGCAAUAUCAAGAAGAAGGAGAAUGAAAUCAAGAACCUAAGUGCGAAGCUUGAAGAGGAACAAGGAGUUGUUGCCCAGCUUCAGAGAAAGAUCAAGGAACUCCAGGCUCGUAUUGAAGAACUCGAGGAAGAACUCGAGACCGAAAGGCAGAACAGAGCCAAGGUUGAGAAACAGAGAAACGAACUCAGCCGUGAGCUUGAGGAACUUGGUGAGCGUCUGGAUGAAGCUGGUGGUGCUACUGUUGCUCAAAUCGAGGUCAAUAAGAAACGUGAACAGGAACUCCUUAAACUUCGCCGUGAGCUCGAGGACUCCGCUCUUGAGCACGAAUCCACCAUUGCCUCCCUGCGCAAGAAGGCUCAAGAUACAAGCAACGAAAUGGCUGACCAACUCGACCAGCUUACCAAAGUCAAACAGAGAAUCGAGAAGGAGAAACAACAGUUGAAGAACGAAGUUGCUGACAUGCAGGAUCAACUUGCAAAUGCUUCUAAAAAAGGAGGUAUGUCAGAAAAGAUGUCCAAGCAAGUUGAGACCAAGAUCUCCGAACUUAACUCUCGUCUUGACGAAAGUUCACGAAACAUCCAAGAUCUUCAGUCUACGAAAGCAAGGCUCCAGACCGAAAGUUCAGAACUCACUCGCCAGCUUGAAGAAUCUGAGAGCAAGGUCAACCACCUUCAACGAGAGCGUUCAAAUCUUGUCUCCCUUCUUGACGAAGCUAAACGUACUUUGGAUGAGGAAUCUAGGGCCCGCCAGAAACUGUCUGCUGAAUUACGCAACGCAAUGGCUGACAUGGAUGCUCUCCGCGAACAGCUUGAGGAAGAAAGUGAAGCCAAGUCUGACCUCCAGAGACAACUCUCCAGAGCUAACGCUGAAGCUCAGUCAUGGCGCGUCAAGUAUGAAACAGAAGGCAUGGCACGUGCUGAGGAACUUGAAGAGAUCAAACGUAAACUUGCAAGCAAGCUCCAAGAAACUGAAGCCUCACUUGAAGCCGCCACGUCAAGAAUUAGUGGUCUUGAAAAGACAAAAUCUAGACUCCAGCUGGAACUUGAGGAUGCUGUUAUAAAUAGUGACAGAGCUUCGUCCUUGGUUACACAACUUGAGAAGAGAAACAGAUCAUUCGACAAGACCAUCGUCGACUGGCAGAUUAAGGUUCGCAACCUCCAAACUGAACUUGAAAAUUCACAAAAGGAAAGCAGAAGUUACUCCACUGAGCUGUACCGAUCAAAGACACAAUAUGAAGAACUUAUUUCUACUGUUGAUACUCUGAGAAGAGAGAAUAACAACUUAACAGUCGAAAUCCGUGACAUAACUGAACAGCUUUCUGAUGGUGGCAGAAGCGUACAGGAAAACGACAAGAUCCGGCGCCGUCUCGAGUUGGAAAAGCAAGAACUCCAGGCUGCUCUUGAAGAAGCUGAGGGAGCUCUUGAACAGGAAGAGGCUAAGGUUACACGUGCUCAACUCGAGAUUGCUAGUAUCAGAUCUGAGAUUGACAGACGUAUUGCCGAGAAAGAGGAGGAAUUCGAAAAUACAAGACGCAAUCAAGUCCGCGCUGUUGAAUCUGUGCAAGCGACACUGGAAGCCGAAACAAGAAGCAAAAAUGAAGCUCUCCGUGUACGCAAGAAGCUUGAAAAGGACAUUAACGAACUUGAGACAGCUGUUGACACUGCUAACCGUGUUAGAGCGGAUAUGGAGAAAAAUGCAAAGAGGUAUCAAGAACAAUGUAGAGAAUUUCAGGUUGCUCUUGACGAUGAAAGGCGCAAGACCUCGGAGGCUAUCGAGUCUGUAUCAAUUGUUGAGCGCCGUGUAACAUCAGUUCAGAUGGAAGCAAAUGAAAUGCGCAGUGCAGUUGAAGUCGCUGAACGAGCUCGUAAGGCAGCUGAAAACGAACUUGUUGAGACCUCUGAUCGUGUCAAUGAGCUUUCUUCUCAGCUACAAAGUAUUUCCAGCCAAAAGAGGAAACUUGAAUCCGAUGUCAAUGCAAUGAGUGCAGAUCUUGAGGAAAUGAGCGGAGAAAUCAGACGUUCUGACGAACAGGCUAGGAAAGCUGUGAUUGACAUGAACCGUAUGGCUGAUGAGCUUCGUGCUGAAAAGGAUCACUCUUCAGCAGUAGAGAAGAUGCGUAGGUCCCUUGAAACUCAGUUGAGAGAAUACACCGUACGCCUUAACGAAGUUGAGUCGAAGGCUCUCAAGGGAGGCAAGGGGCUCAUUGCCAAGCUCGAAUCAAGGGUUGUUGAACUUGAAAGUGAGCUUGACAAUGAGCAACGCCGCCACGCUGAAACCCAAAAGAACAUGCGCAAGGCUGACCGUCGUCUAAAGGAACUCGCCUUCCAGGUUGAUGAGGACAGAAAGAACCAAGAUCGUCUGCAAGACUUGAUUGAUAAACUUCAGAACAAGAUCAGGGUUUACAAGCGACAGGCUGAUGAAGCUGAGGAGGUCGCCGCCAUUAAUCUUGCUAAAUACAGAAAGGUUACGGAUGAGCUGGAAAGUGCCGAGGAGCGCGCAGGCUCCGCAGAAAACUCUCUCACGAAGGCUCGUCUCACAAACCGCAGUCUUUCCGCCUCCCGCAUCAGCCAGGGCACUGUUGUGAGGCGAACAAAGAUCAUCACAAGCAACGAAAUCUAAACAUAUGGUAACGUAAAGACGAAUUUUCAGACGAUUUGGAAAUCUGAAUCCUUUCAUGUCAUUCCGCGUCUUCCCGACAAUGAAUUUCCAGCUACCGAGAGUGAUAAGAUCAGCAAAAUGAAGAGGACAUUUCUAAACAAUAUACAGCAUUUGAUAUGAAACACAUAAAAGACAAUUUAAAAGUUGUUAAGAUGUUGUUUUUUUCUGUACGACUCAUGGUUACAUUACCUUUGAUAACACGAGACACUACAUAUAAUUAAUGCCAAGACUCAUAUUUCAAAAAGAUAGUGCAACCAGGAGAGUAUCGGAAUAGAACGAAAUCUGUACGAAGUAUGUGCUUAAUUCACCAAAUAACUUGUUACGGAACUUUGUCUUUCAUACAGACAUUGUUCUACGGUCGGUAGUAUGAUCUCUCGGGUGGCAAUUAUAUAUUGCUAUAUAGACCGUAUGACUUUGUUUAUGUUUGCCAUAUGGUUAUAUAGAAUGAGUAUUUGUUUUCACAUUUA